CUAAUACUCACGCACACAACUGCUCUCUCUUUCUUCCUCAUUACUUGUUCUGCCAAACCCUAACAUACAAACAAAUAAGAUCACUGCUUUCCUUUCAUCUCCAUCUUUCCAUCACAAACACCAUACAUCCACACUCUCUUUCUCUCUCAUGCGAGUCCGGCGAUCGGACUUACCGACGGAGCCGGUGACUUGGCAGCGGAGCACGGCGGUUCUAGCGGUGGAGAUAAGCGGAACUGAAGGUGGUUGGCGCCGUUUUCCAGCCACCAACACCCGAUUGCCCCUUGCAUCCUCCCAUUACUCUCUCUCUUGCUGGUAAACACACGCGGUUGGAGCAUGGCUGAGGUGGUGGAUCGGGACGGCGCGACGACAUGAACAAGGGCGGGGAACGACGACAGUUUCUUCCGGCGACAGUGAGUUCUUUCCGACAAGAUUUUUGUCUCGGCUGAUUACGGGAUAGUAUUGAUGAUGAUGACUACCGGUGACAGAGACGGUGAUGCCGGAAGUGGUGGUGUUUAUGUUCAGUUCGUUUCGAGUUCGGUUCAAGUCUCGAUCAAACCAGAUCAACACUAGUCAAAGGGCCACUCGGUCAGAAUUAUGUUUGGGUUUUUUUUUUUUUUGGUUCGGGCUUGUUUUGGUGUGGUUCAGCUCGGUUUGACUCGGUCAAACCGAGUCAACUCGGUCAACGACUCGGGUCAACAACGGUCAAACAGUCAACAGCAGUCAACGGGUGGUUUCGGGUCAAACCCGGUCAGCCACGAUCAAAUCAGUCAACACAGUCAAGACUCGGUCAACUCAGUUCAGUUUUGGUCAACGCCCGGUCAACUUAGGACCCGAUGCACGCUAGCUAAUUCACGUUCUUGGAACGACACUUCGGAAUCACACUACGCUAGCUUGGCACAGGAAUGUCAAGGUUACAUUGUCAAAACUAUGGAACGGUUGGAAUAGGAGAACCCACGGGAUUUCGAGUACUUAGCAGGCGUUCAAUUUCUAGAAGUCUUAGCUUCUUGCUUCCGCUGUGCAAUGAAGAUACCGGUCCAGUCACGCCAGCUCUGAUAUUUCGGGGUGUGACAAAAAGUUCAUCAAGUUAUGAUCCGAGUUAUCAUUCAUCGACUUCAAAAGCUAGUUCUGAAGAUGCAGAGGAGAUAUUAUGCAACAUUGCUCUCAAAUUGAAAAAUUCUCCUGCAAUGAGCAUCAAUGCAGCUAAGCAGCAAAUGAGUUUCCUAGCAUCUGUUCUGGAAUCGUAUGAAGGUUUUGUAGCUGGUAAAAUUGGAAACUUAGAGUUAACCAAAGAAGAUUACGACCAGAUUGAUCCGGAAGAGAUGGAACUCAUUGACAUCCGUUGGUGUUUAGCUAGUUGCAUCCGCAGAGCUCAGAGAUAUAUGGAAAUUACUGGGAAACAAUCUCUUGGAGGUGCUUCAACAAAACUGGGAUUUGACAAAUCCAAAGUGACCUGCUUCAAAUGCAAGCAGAAAGGUCAUUUCAAGAGAGAAUGCACUAAUUCUACAGUUGGUGGAAAUGAACAUCCUUUCAAUGAUGAUUACUACAGAAAGGCGAUCUACCACCGAAGCAGGGAAGAUCUGAAAAUGAUUGAAGAUAAACCCAAGUCAAGGGCUUGUGCAGUCUUUCAUGAUGAUGAAGGUUUUCAUUGGAGCCAGAUUUGUCCAGAAGAAGAUCGGCUUGAUUAUCGAUUCAAGAUUAGAACAAUGGAAGAUUCAGAAAUUCCUUUAAAGAAACAUGAUCAUUAUGCCUUUGUUGCUGAAAUUAAAGAGGAAAACAAAGACAAAGACACAGCUGAAAACAAAGAAGAAAAUGUUGUUGCUGAGGUCAAGGAGAAAACUCGAGAAGAGAUUUUGAGUGAAAAAAACUUAUCGCGAAAGAAACAUUGUUUUGAACAGAAAGGAUGACAUGCAAGAAGAGUAUGAGAGUGCUGUCAGCAACAGGAGAUGGGAUAAAAUGAGAGAGUGUUACUUCAACAGAGAAGGUGAACCAGUUGUUCCAAAGAAAGAUAUAAUCUUUGAAGAUGUUCUUCUCAUAAUUCCUUCAAGAGCCGAAUACUAUAGAAAUGUGUUGAAAGAUGACACAUAUGCAAAAAGGCAUGAAAAGGAAAUUAGAUAUGCCAUGGCAUCGUGUCUAAGAAAAAGGGAUGAAGAGAGAAUGAAGAAAGAAUGUUGAAGAAAUGGUGAACAAUCUGAAGAAGGUUGCUGAAGAGGUUAACACAGAAGCUGUUGAAGUUGAGGCUAUGAAGGAAAUUAAACUUGUGCAAGAAGAAGUUUUGAAAGAUGUUGAGACAGAAAAGAGUAAAGAAAUAGUUGAGGUGAAUGUAGAAGCUGAGAAAGCUGUUACUGAAGAACAACAAAUUGGAGAAGAUGAGAAGAAAACUAAAAGUUUGGCAGAAGUAAAGAAUGAGAAUUUGGAAGCUUGUGAUGCUGGUGAUGAAGCAAGUGUUGAAGAAAAACAGAAUGUUGCUGAGAUGAAGCAGACCGAGAUAUCCGAAAAAACCAAAGUGCCAAUCAUUGAGGUGGGUCAACAAAGCCAAAGAAGGAGACAAUGGAAGUUGGAGCAGCCUGGCACAUGCAAAGGAGGAAGAGGCUGUUGUACCCUGGUUUGGUUGAACAGGGAGAAUCCAAUUAGACCAUGGUACGUCUUAAAGACUUAG